CUCUUCUUCACUUCUUCACUUCAUCAAUCGGAUGGGCAAAAAUAGAAACACGAAACCACCUGACAGUCAAAUUGGCCUGUUUAUAAAAAAAACAUUAAACUCUCAAAGCAAAGUUCAUGAUCAACAAAUCAAAAACCUUGCAACAGGAUCUUCAUUCCAAAGAGCUAAUUUCAAGAAAAAGAACCAGACUCUGCCAUGGGAAGGAACCGUCUGCAAAGUCCCGAAAAGAUAAAAGACAUACUUAUGAAAGCAUUAGAUGAUCUUGUUAGCGUCAACUCACUUUUCACAGCAGCUGUAUUUAUUGGCUUAUCGUUUGCAUCCCCAAACCAACGCAGCCUUGAAAUAAGCCGACCUGAAUGUGAUCCCAGUGUUAAGAUGGGGAAACGACUUGUCCUGUAUGAAGUCGUUUCGUUUUCUAGUUUCCUGCUUUCAAGUUUAGUAGCCAAAUCCCUCAGAGUUUAUCUAAGAAUUUUUUAUUCCGACACAAAGGCAGUAAACGGCAACAAUCCUGGAAAACCUGAUUUAAACGACAAGAAGAAAUAUAACCUGUUUCAUGCAGGUAGAGGAUUAAUGUUUGCAUUAUCAAUGUUAGCAUCUAUUGUUGGUGUCGUGUUUUUGACAAUUUCUAUGGCUUUGGUUGUUGAGAUAAAGAUUGGAAAGCUGUCUUGUGGGAUUCAUGAGACUCAAGCUGCAGUUAUUGCAUUAACAACCAUUGUGCCUUUUGCUUUGAUAAUUUAUAUACCUUCCUUGUCGGCUGCUCUACUCUAUUGUGUAAUAGAGCCAUAAAUAUGCAUGGCGCCUGUUUUUUUAAAGAUAAUUUGGGGUUUCAAUUCUUAAUUGUCUCUAUUAUGUACACUUUUCGAUUGCUUAGCUAUUAUUAAUGUUAAUAAUUUGGAUACUUUCGUCUUA